ACACACAUACAACGACAUUGUGUCAAGAAACCAAUAUUCUCUCUUUUCGCUUGCAUAUUUUCAUUCUUUAGUCAGCUGUCCACAUAUACGGUCGUUUGUACCCAGUAAGAAUAUAGAACUACGCAACAAAUAACAGUUGAAACAGUGAAUUGAAUGUAAAAAAAGUUUUAAAAAAAUUGUCCAGAAAAAGUGGUUGUUGUUUGCAUUGUGAUACCGAAAAAAUUGUUGGCGAACAGUGCACAAUGGGCAUCAGAGGAUUGAUGGGAUUUAUCACGAAGAACAAUUCAAACAUUGUCCAAGAAAUUGAUAUUCGCAAUGAAAUUGCGCAAUGGCGAAGUGAACAUGGCAAGGAACCUACGAUCGUAAUCGACGUCAGAUAUUUGAACACAGUUGUACGAGAGCUCGAUGAAGAAAGUUUAAUUUUGGGCGGGCGAUUUCAAAAAUACAAUGAAAUCGUUGAAUAUUUCCUGGGCGAGCUGAAGAAAUGCGGCUUAAAUUUGAAAUUUUUCGCAAGAUUAGCUGAAGGUCGUUUCAAGCAUAUGGAGCAUUUUGAUUCAAACAUCAAUGCAUUCGAUUGCAUGAAGCGAUACGGGAAUUUACGCAAUUUCUCAAACACCAAUCGAAGCGUUCGACCCAAUGAAAGAUUUUGGUACAAUUUGUUGCGUUUAUGUGCCAAAUACGGUCAAGUGGAAGCUCACUUCUGGCGUCAUUGGUGGCAUGUUAAGGAUUACAUCAAAGAUCAUCAACGCGAUGUGUUGGCCAUUAUGACAUCGGAAACAAGGUUUUUGACGCUUGACUUGGACUUUGAAUAUUGGAGCCUCACAAAUGUUCAGCUUUCCACUCUGAAAAUCAUGAAAUUUUGUCGCAAAACAUUGUAUGAUGUGCUUGGUUUGAGCCCGAUCCAAAUGCAAUUGCUAUCAACACUGUCGAAUCUUAAAAAUAUCGACACACCGGUGCAACACUUUUUAAACAACCUAGAAGGUGGUGCCCAUUCAAUUUUAAGAUUGUCUACGUACAUCAAGAAGCAAGAAAUUAAGACAGGUGGCUUCGAUUUGAAGAAGAUCGCUUCUGAUAUCUACGGGGACAGUCUAACUACGGAAUUACUUAAGAAUAUUGAACAAAACUUCAAAACUAAUUCCGACUACAAUGACUUAGUUGCAGAGGUGCAACACAAAUACGAACGGCAUGCCGUAAAGUUGGCCAAUGAAGAUGCCGAAUUCGAAACGUUUUUCAAAUUUUGCAGCAAUGAAAUUUUUUUCGCAUACAAGCUCAUGCUUGAAUAUUCGUCGAUUCCCAAAGAUCUGUUAUACAUAGAUGUGCGGCAAUCAGACACCGGCCCGUUCAUCGAUUUAAUGGUUGAAGUCACUCUCAAACUAUGCGGCAUCGCAUUCAAAGACAUAGCACUUGAUAAACGACCCAAAACCCGUGUUAUCAAAAUUCAACGAGUAUUUAACGAAGAGAUUGCUGAAAUCGAAGAGGAUAUCAUCUAUCCCGCAUUGGCUUUGCCAACUCUCAACGAUUUGAUCAUCGAGGAAGAUAACCAACAAUUUGCCGAGCCGCGUUGGUCUCUGUUGCAAUGGUUGUUGGAUUUGGACGGCAAAGACAUUACAUCGAUCAAGAAAGCAUGUGAUUCAAAGUACAUCCGAAUUGUUCUGAUCACGCUGAAAUUCUUGCUAUCGCACGCCAUCAUUUCAACGCAUGAAGCUGAUAUUCUCAUGUUGACCGAAUCAGAUGGCCGCAGUAAAAAUAAUGUUUAUGUGCCAAAAAGCUUUCGGCCGCCACCUCCGAUGCCAAACUGGCGCCAUCCGGAAUACGUCGCUAUGUCAUGGGUUCAGACCGCUCAUAAAUACACCAUUGCUUUUGACCUGGUUCGCCACUGUCUGGAACUGUGUGGCUUACGUAGAGAAACGGAUUCCAUCCAAUUUGACGCUUUUGAAUUUCACGCCAACAUGCAUCAAUCGGAAAAUGACAACAGACAAAUCCAACGGAUGAUGACUCGAAUGAAGAACAUUCGCUUGUGGUGAAUUUGAGAAAAAAAUUCUGGAUUUUUAUGCAAAUUCAUACAAACCAAACAAAUCGCCAAAUGAAUACGAUUUGCAAAACAUCUUUUUUUCGAUGGCCUGCAUUAGAACCAAAAACAUUAACUCAACUUUGAAUUGCAUUCGACGCUAUCGUUAGGAUGAUGAAAUCAUUCCAAUUUUCAUAUAUAUAAACACAAUUUUCAUUUGAAAAUAAAUCGUUCAUAGGUGUAAAAUUCAUUCAUUUGUCAUGUAAAAUCAAAAUAACAUACAAAUACAUUGAAAUACACAACAAUUUGAUGUAAAUUGAUGAGAGAAGUCAUCAUAAAUGAUACAAAUUUGAGGUUAUAAUACAAACAAUAUCAAUAAAACACAGUGUUGACAGAAUCAGUCAAUGACAGAUUGAUUUGCA